CAGCCAGGGCGGCCGCCUGACAGCCAUGCUGGGCACCAUGAUGUAUCCCGGAGCCGAGGAUGCCGAGUUGGAGGACAUGCGCGUGCCGCCGAUACAGCUCGACCAUCUUCCCGAGGUGUUCCUAUCUAGUAUCCCGAAGUGCGGCGGUUGUCACGAGAUGAUCGUGGACCGAUACGUGCUGAAGGUGUCCGACAGGACAUGGCAUGCCGGCUGCUUACGCUGCGUGGAAUGCAGGGCGAUGCUGUCCGGCAAAUGUUUCGCAAGAAAUAACCAACUCUACUGCACAGAUGAUUUCUUCAAGCGGUUCGGCACCAAGUGUGCUGGGUGCGGGCAGGGCAUUCCGCCGACGCAAGUGGUGCGCCGCGCUCAGGCCCACGUCUACCAUCUGCGGUGCUUCGCGUGUGCGGCCUGCGCCAGGACACUUAAUACUGGAGACGAAUUCUACCUCAUGGAGGAUGGGAAGCUCGUCUGCAAACCUGAUUACGAAGCAGCUCGUGCAAAAGAUGUACCGUGCGCAGGUGGUGAAGGCUCGUUGGAUGGCGACGCAGCGAGCAAGAGACCGCGUACUACCAUCACUGCAAAACAACUUGAGACACUGAAGAGUGCGUACAGCAGCAGUCCGAAACCGGCGAGACAUGUCAGAGAACAACUAGCGCAUGACACCGGCUUGGACAUGCGAGUGGUGCAAGUCUGGUUUCAGAACAGACGGGCAAAAGAAAAGCGACUGAAGAAAGACGCAGGAAGGACGCGGUGGUCACAAUACUUCAGAUCAAUGAAAAGCGGCGGCGGAUCGCCUCGGCACGACCGACUGCUUGAUAAGGACGAGCUCAAGAUCGAUUUGGAUUCCUUCAGUCAUCACGAGCUAAGCAACGAUAGCUAUAGCACGGUGGCUUUGGGCGGUGAGGAGGGUUCUCCUGCAGGCGGCGGAAGUGCGGGCGCUACCGGCGCUCGGUACUCCUCCACUCCGCCUUACUUGCGCGCGCACUCGCCGCCGCACCCCCAUUACCACUAUCCUCCCGACCACCUCGUCUACACCAAUAUUGCUACGUCUAUAGGUCAAGCGAUGAGCGGAGCAGGGAUAGGCACGGGCGCAGGCACCGGCGGCGCGUCGGAUCUUAGCAGCUCGUCGUCGCCGGCGGCGGGCGGGUACCCUGACUUCCCGCCGUCGCCGGACUCGUGGCUGGGCGAGCCGCACCACUACUCGCCGCGCGGCUUCCCCUAGCGGCGGCCGCCGCCGGCGCACGCGCAGCCCGCGCCCCCG